CGGCCCUUUUCUUUUUGCCCUUGUCUCUGUCUUGUCAGCCAUUAAUAUAUACUCACUGCUAUUCUUUUCAUUUACCAAAUUAGACUGGGUUGUUUUAAAUUUGGGCUCUAUCCACUGUCUGCCUGUAUUUCGACAAUGUCGUUUGCCAACAAACGCCCGGGCGGCCGCAUUAUGCCAGCACGCCGACUGACACCCCAAGUUGAUCCGGAAAAACAGUUUGAAAAGAUUGCGCUGGCAAUCAGCGAGAUUUACAAGCACAACGCAUCCAAGCUGUCUUUCGAAGAGCUGUACCGCACAGCGUACGGAUUGGUGCUCAGCAAGAAUGGCCCGCUUCUGUACGAGGGCGUCAAGCGAGUGCUAGAAACACAUCUCACCGAGCGUAUGCACCAGGAUAUUCUCGAGCACGUGUUAAAGUUCAACACUCUCAGGGAAGCCGCGCAGGGCGAGGCACUGCUGUCGAGCAUCCGGCUUUUGUGGAGCGAGCACGUCACCGCGAUGCUCAUGAUAAAGGACGUCCUUAUGUAUGUCGACAAGGUAUAUGUGAAGACCGCGCAGCUGCCGUCGAUUUACGACAUGGGCAUGCGUGUUUUCCGCGACCAGGUUCUAUUGACAGCCGACCAGCAGGUGCUGAAAGCCCUAAACAACGCCAUUUUGAAUCAGAUCCAAGACGAGCGCAAACAACUCCGGGAUGCCAACAGGCACAUGCUGCGCAGUGUGAUCGGCAUGCUCAUCGAGUUGCAGGACCCGGAGUAUCCACACACGCUGUACCAGUCGACCUUUGAACUGCGGCUACACGCAAUGGCCGGUGCACACUACUUGCAUCAUGCGCAGAGGCGUAUAGAGCAUAUGGGUGCGCCCGAAUACGUUCGUACGGCGCAAGCGGACCUCGAUGCCGAGAUGGACCGCGUCGAUGCGUAUCUAGCGCCCUCAAGUGCCCCAAAGCUGCGCAAAGAGGUGCUUGAAAAGCUGAUAUCCAAUUACUCCACCAGAAUACUCGUUAUUCCUGGCGCCGGGCUGGCCCAGAUGCUUGAUCAGCGCGACAUUCCGAGUCUGGGCGUACUAUACAAGCUCUAUGUGCAGCUUCCAGAGGCGUUGAAGGAGCUGAGAGAUGGCACCCACAAUCACAUUUUGGCGCUGGGCAAAGAAAUCAUGGCAAGCACUGCAUUGACAACAACUGGCCCGAGCGAUGGCGCUGGCAAGGGCGACACCCCCAAAUCGCCAGUUUCGGCGUUGGAUGCCUCUGGCACAGCAGCAAAGACGGCAGUUGCCCUGCGGUGGGUCCAGGAAAUUCUUUCGCUGUACGACGUCUACGAUGAGUUCCUGCAAAAGGCGUUCGAGGAGAACCAGAGCAUGCGCAACGCAAUCAAAGACGCGUUUAUCGAGGUCAUCAACGCCAACAGCCGGGCUCCCGAACUCCUGUCACUGUUUAUAGACGAGAACCUUAAGAACGGCCUGCGCCGGAUGACUGAGCAAGAGAUGGACCAUAUUCUCGAGCGCUCCGUGCUCAUGUUCCGCUUUUUGAAGAACAAGGACGCAUUCGAGCACUAUUACAAGGCGCACCUGGCCAAGCGGUUGCUAUUGGGCCGCAGUGUUUCUGAUGAUGCCGAGCAGAGUCUCAAGGUCGAAUGUGGGUCACAGUUUACGCUAAAACUGGAAGGCAUGUUUAAGGACAUGCAGCUGUCCAGUGAUCUGGCCCGGGAACUGCGCGAAUCGAGCAUGGCUGCAGAUCUUGGGUUCGACGUCAACGUCUCGGUACUAACGCCGACAUUCUGGCCGACGACAUUGUCGUCAGACACAUUGCCAGCGGACGCGUCGUCAUCAUCUGUCAUAUUGCCCUCUGCCGGCGGCGUGAGAAAGGCGAUAGACACAUUUUCUGCGUUCUACCUCAAGUGCCAUUCGGGCCGCCGACUGACAUGGCAGUACAGCAUGGGGAGCGCCGACCUGAAGGUGCAUUUUGGCACCCGCACGCACGAGCUUAAUGUAUCGACGUUCCAGAUGCUCAUUUUAAUGCUCUUUGUCGACGGCGCCGAGAACGCGCAGCUGACGAUGACAGACAUUCGCGAAAGGACGCAAAUCCCUGAAGAUGCGCUGACCCGGCACUUGCAGUCUCUGGCAUGCGGCAAGUUCAGGGUACUUACUAAAACGCCAAUGUCGCGGGAUGUCAAACCGACUGACGUGUUUGCAUUCAACAAUGGGUUCAAGUCGCCCCAAUACCGGAUACGCAUACCCGUGGUUUCGGCACGCAAUAACUUGGAGACCGAGAAAGAAAAGGCGGCGUCCCUGGCAGUAAUUGGUCAGGAGCGCCAGUAUUUGAUUGAGGCUGCGGUUGUGCGCAUCAUGAAGACGCGCAGACGGAUGACGCACGAGCAGCUGGUCAACGAGACCAUCGACCAGCUUUCUUCGCGGUUCAUGGCACCACCAAAAAUCAUCAAGGAGGGAAUUGGAAAGCUCAUUGAUCGCGAUUACUUGCAGCGGUCGCCCGAAGAUCCCAGGAUAUACAUUUAUCUUGCAUAGAAUAAAUUAAAUAAUUUGAAUUAUU